AUGAAUACCUUUGGAAGCUUGGGCGGCGGUGGUGGCGGAGCCGACUACCCGAGCAAUCCGUACGCAUCUGGCGCGCAGGGGCAACCACAAGGCGAGUUUCAAAAUGCAUAUCAGCACGCGCAGCAGGUAAAAAUACUAUGAUUCAACGUAGUCCUGGGCGAAAAAUAGCGUGAUUGUGACAGUUGAUGGUGUAAGCUUUCCUAAAAGAAUCAAUUCAGGAGUUGUGGGAUUGGUUUUGGUAGUAGUAGGAAAAAUAAGGUGUGGCUCAGCUUGCGCUUCACCAUGAUCAUUUUUUUUUACUCAACAUUUCUCGUGCAGAUGGGGAUGCCACCAGGGAUGAACCAAGGCGGCAAUGCACCUCCGCAGAAUACUAGUAUGCCUGGCAACAACAUGCAGCCGCAACAGCAGCAAGGUAAUAUGGGCUAUGGUAGUCAUCAACAGAUGCCGAGUUUUGGAGGCGGGUUCGAACAGAAUCAGCCAGCGGGCGGCUUUCAUAAUAGCGGGCAACAAGCACCCGGUGGCAUGCAGCCGGGUCAUCCAACGGGCAUGUCGACCGGACACCAGCAACAGGGGAGCAUGCCCGGACAGCAACUAGGAGGCCUGCCGGGCGGGCAGCAACCAGGAGGCAUGCCCGGACAGCAACCAGGAGGCAUGCCCGGACAGCAACCAGGAGGGAUGCCCGGACAGCAGCCAGGAGGGAUGCCCGGACAACAGCCAGGAGGCAUGCCCGGACAGCAACGCCAAAUGAGCUUUGGAGGCGGCGGUGGCCAACAACCACAACAACCGCAGUCGGGUCAACCGAUUCAGGACUCGACAAGGGUCGUGCAAAUAACCGACAAUCUUUUGCAGCAGCUUCCGAUCCGACAGAUGCGACCAGAAGACAGCCUGACGAUGGGUGCAGGUGCGCCUCCUGGGGUCGCACCCUUUCACAAUUUAACCCCUGGAGGACCUCUAAACCCCUUCACUGGUGGAGCCGGCGGAGCUACAACAGGUAAUGUAGCAGCAACACCAGCUGCAGGAACGGGAAAUACUGGUAAUAUGCAGCAGCAAACUAUGCAGCGACCUCAAGGUCACGGCUCGACAUCAGCCGCAGCAGCGCCGCAAUUCGGGCAGAUUGGUGGCGCUUUUAACGCAGGUGGAUCUUUUCAAACUCCUGGUCAUCCUGGACAGCAGGCCGCAAAGGGUGGAAGAACAAAUCCUUUGAUGCCACCUACUGGUAACACGAACAAUAGUAUGGCAUUUAAUACCGGUGGCGCAGGUGCUGCAGCAGGUCCCUCUCUAGGCCCUAUGACAGGUCCGCCCCAAGGCGGAGGGAUGCCAUCCACUAAUGCGUCACGCGGUGGACCCUAUGGUGGUGGACCGGCUGGAGCACAAGCACAACGCGCGCCUGCGUUUGGAUCAGUGACCGGUUAUCAGCCUGCAGGUAGCUCAUCGAGGCCAAUACAGAGAAUCGGUGGAGCAGGAAACGCACCGAAUUUCUUGCCAAUAUCAGCUUUGUCCCCCUACGCUGCGCGCUGGAUCAUCAAGGCAAGAGUAACGUCGAAGGUGGUGCGGACUUUCAAUAACAAAAACGGAGGCGAGGGACAAUUGUACUUGAUGUUCUGAUCUUCAUCUUAUUUUGUUGUUAACGUUUUUCUGGGUCCUGCUUUUCUGCUAUGUAUUUAUAUUUAAUAUGAUGCUCUCUGGUUAUUUAUACUCCUGCAUCAAAUGCCUUAAUAGACAACUGGAUUUUUUGCAAACAAGAAAGAUGACGUGAAAAAUGGCAUGUCUACAUUCAUGCUAUUGCAGAUCAGAUUUAUUGUCAAGUACCGUACUUGUACAUGUACUUAAAUACUCGUCUUCAGGAAAUCAAAAUAAAUCCGCCAGGAUGAAUCUCGAACUCGUCGAUAGAGGUAGGGAUACUAUCCGUUGCGUCAUGUUUUCGGAACUCGUGGCGAAAUUUGGAGAUCUUGUGCAGGAGCACAAGGUCUAUACGUUUCAAGGAGGACAAGUGAAAAACGCCAACAAACGCUAUAAUCCCAAUGCAGAGUACAACAGCAAUUUAGUCUUUGUUUUUUUCGUAGUUCGCACUCUUUCAUGUGGUUGUGGAUGAGAAAGUGAAUGUAGUGGAGCAAAUGUGAUGCUGUUUCCCGCAGACUCACUGCUCUAAUGCUUGUUUUCAAGAAUAUCGUUUUUCUGCAAAUGCAAUUUCCAACAUACUCAUCCAUCUUCGCUCUUCCUUUUCAACUACAAGGUACGAAAUCCAGUUUAAUAACCAGACGCAGAUAACGGCAGUACCCGAGGACGACGACGAAAUAAUUCCAUAUGGUCCGAGCGUAGAUUUUACACCUAUCGCCAACAUAGAAACUUCCGAAAAAGGCUCUCAAGUGAACGUAACAUUUUGCAUAUUCAUAGUUCAUCGACAUCUACUUACUCUUAUGCUUAUGUGGUUCUCACGAUCCCGAUUGAACGGCUUCAUCUUCUGUGUGCCAUCCUGCUUUGGAUUUUUUUUUUCUGCAUCCAUUCUUCCGUAACCUAAGAACGCCACACUUAAGUUGGGCUAUGGUUUCGCUCUCGCAUUUGGCAUCAGGUUUUCGGGGUUUUAAUCGAGACCGGAGAUGUGCAAGAGAGAUCUACCAAGAACGGACCUAAAAUUAUGGCUCGUACUUGGUACUUGUACUGAAACCAUGUUAUUCUCGUACUAACACUACUAGCAACGAAAGUUGUGUUUGUGAAGGUGAAGCUAAAAUUCGUAGCAUGAUGCCCUUAGAAGAACCGGGUAGAUUUUUUUGAGCUUUUACUAGGGCGGUUGGUUCUUUUUUAGGGCUACUUCGUUUUUUUGGUAUGAUCAAUAGCUCUAAGGACCACAUUCGUGAAUUUCAAGUUGCAGACGACAGUGGACCCAGCGGAGGGGCGAUAAUCAGCGUCACAGCAUGGGGAGAAAAAGCUGACCAUUUGCCAUUGCAAGUCGGCGACCUCGUGAUUCUCGUGAAUGCGAAGGUAAUUGUUAUUUAAGUAGACAGUUGAAUAUCUUCGCUACAUCCUUUUUUCCCAGGAGCGCUUGUGUAAUUAUACAGGCACCGUGCGCGUGCGGAAUGAUCAUCAACAUAGAUCAUAAGAAUCAAUUAAGUAGAAGAUACUCAGACACAUGCGACAUGCUCGCCUGUAAUGGCAAAUAUCUAUGAAGAUGACUUCUGUGCCUAGCAAUCAGCACGAAGUUGUCAGCAGCUACUACAAUGAGAUGACACCACGAGGAGCAGGACGAGGUAACAUUGAAUGAUUUUUUUUCUACUUCACGAUCCACAUCAUCCAGGUAGACGAGUUUCAAGGGAAGAAGCUUACCCUGAACGGCCUUGGGCACACGAAGAUGGUUGACCAGUCUCGUCAAGACCAGCUAUUGGAAUUUUGGACGCAGAAUGGUGAGAAUCGGUUCCAAUGGAAAAAACUUAGCGGUCAGAGCGGAGGAGGCCCUUCAGGAAGCUUUCCACCCAAGACAUUGAAAGAAGUCGAGCUGGAAGCGCAGGCUCUUUUAGAUCCAACCCCGAAUCUAGAUGGAAGCGAAAAAAAAGACGUACUUACAUUUCCGAGAUUGUUCUUCUUGAAAGUAGUCGUAUUCACCACUUGUCUACGUAGAUGAAGAAGUACUUUCAGCUUCCGCUCGUCUACCUCUUAAUAGAUGUUCUUCGUGAUCUUGAUGAUUUGGAAACACCCUCGUUUUCGAUAUUUGUUCAUUAUACGAUGAAUCCAAAGUGGUCCUGCUGAAGAUCGGGACUAUUAAGAAUGAAUGCUGACUCUACGGUUUCCACUUGUUCCACUACUCAUCUUCAACACUGAAUAUCAGAAAAUGUGGUUCGAUGUGAAGAACAUCCGGAUUUUGCAAUUCAAAAGCGAGAAUGCGCAAGAUCGCGAUCCUUUUUACAUUGCUUGUACGCACAAAGUGAUGCGUGCAGAUUGGAAAACGGGCAAUCCUACGGCAAAGGACUGCAAUAAGAAAGCCGAACAGCAGGCGGAUAGCGACGAUUUCGCCUGUGCCGAUGGCCACGUGACAUCGUUAUCGAAUGUACAUUCUGCUACUUAUUCUUAUUCAUUCUAUUGUCUGAUUUCACCGGCAUAGUCAUCAGAAUUAUUAGUCAUCGACUCUUGAUGCCCGUGUCAACGGUUUCAUCUUUGCGAUCCUUCAACUUUUGAUGAUACUGAGACAGCAUUUACCUGCACGUCUACGCUUACUCGUACUCCGAGAUCAGCAUCUAUUUCUUCAUCUUUUCAAAUUGAACAACAGCCUAGUGGUCAGCCGCAGCCUUGCGCGCGAUAUAUAGCGAAGCCGCAGUUGUACGACACCUCUGGCUCGCUGACUGUCACCACCUUUGACGAGGCGGGGCAAAAGCUAUUCGGAGUACCAGCGAACGACGUGUGGUACUGGACCCGAACUGACACUGAGUACUGCAAUGCCAUGGUGGAGGACUUUAACUGUGGAGGACGGACCAACUUCUUGAUGGAGCAAACGUUCAACGUCAAAUUGAUGGCCUCGAAAGAUUAUGAACACAUUUCGUGUAGUUGUUGUUGUAGUCUCUAAAAGUAAAAUUUAAAUUCUUUUUUUUUAUCUUCAUCAAUGACUUUCUAUUUCAUCAAUUAGAAUUACUGGCACGGGCAGGAGUGAAGAUGAUGGAGGUCCAGAAGAGGUUGAUCCGGAUCUCCUGCUUCGUGCAAGUAGUACCUCUUUUUUCACAGGGCGGGGCUCCUUAAUGUAUUCCUAAUCUAUUUUCAGCGUUGACGCUGGCGCUGCGUUAAGAAAAAGUAAAUAAGUAUAUUUAUUCCUUUGGGUUCAAUAAAUUGUAGAAGUUCGACAUGAAGAAGAUGUUAAUAAUUCACAAAAUUCAUCUCGCUAACAAAACUCGUACCAAGACACGGAACGCGUGAAAUUCGAGGUGAAAAAUGCGGAGCCCGUUGGAGGCCAUGCGGCUCUGACGGAAAUCAUGAAACGGUCAGCCAAAGAGGACAUGCAAAAAGGUCUUAUGAUAGAAUCACUUGCAGCGCACGGCUUUCAUCAAGCUCAAGCAGCAUCACAAGGGGGCGGCGCAGCACCGGGAGGCGUCUAUAUGAUGGCAUCGCCAGGAGCGGGACUAGGUGGACAACAACAUACUAUCAACGGCGUCGUGCCUGGAGGUGGACAGAUGAUGCCGCCGGGAGCCGAAAUGAUGCAACCAGGUGGGAACCACGGACCUGUGGCAUGAUGUUCCUGCGAACGCUCAUACUGGAUGAUAUACCAUGAAGAACAGUGUGAGAUUGAGAUCGUAAUACCGGUGCUAAGAUGUUGCAACUAGUAAUAAGCAUGAAAAACACUGAAUGACUAAUCUCACUGCUUAACAAACUACUAGUUAGUGCGACUACCUAAGUACUCCGUUUGCUAACGUGAUUGUGAGUGACUAGGUAGGUCUUGGGGGUUUUGUCGCUAUUUCUGUGACCAUUGGGGUGGAAAAAAACGCAUGUGACCGCGAUGAACCUGGAGGCCACGCUUCUCGUCGAUCCUCGUCGAUCGGAUCCCCUUCCGAAGACUUACGCAUGUGUUUGCUACAGCGCUGGCACACACACUCUAUUAAAGAAACCAAGACUCACGGAUGCGCCUUGUUGCGUGUUCAACAUGGUAUUAACUCGGGAAAGAAUUUGCAU